GAAACCUCAGCAACAGCUCACAAGGACCCACAUGUAAGACGCUGACGCCGGACAAAAGGGAAAUAUAGGUCUUGUUUAACUUUGGAGCUUUGUCAGAGAGGAAGUCUGUGUUCGUUGACGAUUGACUCCUGCAGACUUAUACAUACCGCCAGCCUCCUGCAAGAUGUCUCAAAGGAAGUUGCUGCAAUUCUCCACAGGAGCUCUGCUUCUUCUCCUGCCCUGGUUUGGUGGCCUGGUCCUCGGAGAGAUCAGCAGUGACUUUUCCAAGUGCCUUGAGUUCUUCUAUGACAGGUCUCCGCCACAGGGCAUCAAUGCCGCCUGGUACCAGCCGAUAUGCCAGCGCUACAAAAACCAGUAUCACUUUGCCAGCCUGUAUAACCGAGAGCAUCGCACACCACUGUACUCUGCCUACACACUCGGCCCUGCAGACGGCAAACGUCCUAAUAGCACUUGGAUGUACGAACCACAGUUGGCGUUUUCUCGCGCCAGUUCUGAGAUGACACAUUUUCAAAUCCCCCUGGACCAGAACGUGAUCGAGAGCCAGGCGGUGCUCCAGGACUACAGACAAUCCAACUUCACAAAAGGCCACCUCAAUCCCAGCAUGCACCAAAAAACGAAAGAGAACCGUGAGGCCACCUUCACCCUGACCAACAUUGUCCCCCAGCAGGCGGGCUCCAACUCUGGCCCCUGGAGCCGUCUAGAGGGGGCAGUAAUGAGACAAUUCACUAGGUUCUGUGAGGGCCCGAUGUAUGUGAUCACGGGGGCCCUGCCUUAUGAGCUGCAUGGAGCGCGCUGGAUCAACAACAGAGUGUUUGUUCCUGAGUACAUGUGGUCCGCCUACUGUUGUCCCACCUACAAAUCUGACCUGCCUAAACCUGAGCGGACAUUUUUCCCCACAUACGCAGCAGUGGGAAGAAAUGACCCAGACAGUGGACAGGAGAUUGUGCCAGUGAACCUGAAGGUGAGGAGGUCGGCGCGAGGUUAUGAUGUGAAGCGGAUGAAUUUGACGGCUCUGGAGGACAUCUUGGGACAAAGGCUGGGGAUGCCCAUCAGUCUGUUUGCUGGACAGUGCCGCAAAUAAAGAAUAUUUUGCUUUAAAUGCAGUCGUCACUGCAUCUCCUGUGUUCUCAUCCUUUCCUGAAUGACAUUUUUUGAUUAACCUGGAUCAGAUGAUUUUGAUUGAAAUAGUUUUCCCUCGUCAGUAUUCUGUGAUAUCAGGGUGAUGAUUUGAGAAGUGUCUUUUAAGAAGUUGGCAGAUAUCCUGAAGACACAGCGUAAACAUGCAAAUCAGUCAUUUAGAUUUUUUAUUUGACAGUAACAACGGGUGACAGUGCUUUAGCAUUAACUUUCCUGCUCAAACUUUAUGUAUCAGCGCCUGAGUUUUAUGUGUCCGGUUGUCAGGAAGUGCAGACACACGCCCCCUAGUGUCACAACCUUAGUAUAGCUUAUAGUUGGCUGAUGAUGAUUGGAAAUUGAUGUUUCUGAUAAAUAUGUUCUUGUUAUUCUUGUGCCACUAAACCUGUGAUCAUCAAUAAAUCCAAGCUGUGUGUGGCAAGAAGC